AUGACGAGUGUAUCGUCAACCGUUAUAUCGGUAGGGGGCACUCCCACAAUCUUCUUGCCAUUGCCCACGCCUUAUCCUUCUGAGGAAGGUUGCGGUACAAAUGUCUAUCAAUUGACGAGUACGGCUCCGACAUUUCUUGCGUGGGACCCAGUCUAUGGCCAGAGUGUUACCGAUGCCACGAGCUGUUUCCCUCCCCAGGUCACGACCUGGUGGCUUCAGUCCUCAUCGGCAUUGAUAUACACUGCUCUCGGCCCCAGCUUCGCAUGUCCUGAGGCGUACUCGACGGUGUCCACCAAUUAUGUCGCAAGCUCAGUUCAGGAGGUCUACUGUUGUCCUACUUCAUUCACUCUCCUAUACGCCCAGCCAAACCAGGGCGAGGCCUUUCCUUCACAAUGCACAUCAAUGCUUACGGAAGGCCAGACGCUAUCAUGGUUCACCGGCGUGACCUCUAGUACGAGCCGCUCGACGACAACCGUGUUCACUUCCGCCGCUACCAUGUUCGCCGUGCCCGUCAAUGGUUUCAACAUUGAUACAAGCAGUCAAGCUGGCUCGACAGAUACUGCCGCAGCGGGAACAGCACAGACGACGGCUUCAUCCUCGUCGUCUUCGCCGUCUUCUUCGUCCCAAUCAUCUUCCGCAUCCUCUGCUGGGUCGUCGAACCUGGGGCUCAGCAUAGGUGUGACACUGGGCGUUGUCCUUGGGAUCCUGCUCUUGGGAGUAGGGGCGUUCGUCCUGUGGAGGAGACGACGAGCGAAACUGCUGCAAAAGAGUCAGCACAAUGUCACCAGAUCAACAGCUGCCAGCCAGAAACCUAGUGAAAUGAUCUGA